AUGGUUGGUGUUAUCGAGGUUGAUAUUACGCUGACGCGACGAGGAGUCUUUGUUCUUAUGAAAGGAUGGUUGGAGAAAGGAAAAGAAGCAGAUGUCACCGUGAAAAGGCUUGGUUUUGUGGAUAAGAUUGCUGGAUCACGGGACCUGGCGCCCCACGAUGGCUUACGGAAGGUACCAGCUGAACUGGACUGUUGUCGUAAAGCUUCUCCUGUAAGCGGAUGGUCGCUGGCGAGGCUGUGA